UCCGAUGAAAUAUCAUCCCCACCACACUCCUAACUCUCACACUCUUCUUCUUCUUCAUCCCUAUAAUCUUUCCCCUUUCUCUCUCUUCUCAGUUUUUCGCAUACCGGCACCUAAAACCUAGGCGUCGGAUCUGUGAAGACAUAGGGCGAGAUGGAGGGGGAUAGAGAAAAUUGGAUGAUGAUGACGAUGAGCAACAGCAUCGCUUGCCCAAAGCCGCGUAGAGUUGGUGGCCUCGUCGAUGAACUCACCAGGCCUUCUUGCUUGCCGCGGUUCAGUCAACAGACGGAGCCUUGUGAUUCGGAAGCUGGAAUUGAGCUUUUGGAACUCAUCCUUAGUAAGGGGAGCUGUCAUGUUGGAACCCCCAAUUUGCAGAUGGCUUCAUCGCCACCUUUUUUCAGUGGGUCGCCACCAAGCAGGGCUAUGAAUCCCCUGAUUCAAGAUUUACAUUUUGGGCAUGAUGAUUUUGUUGCAAUCCCAUCACCGCUUCGAACAGUAGUGCUGCCAUUGCCAUCACCACCUCUGACUCCUUCCCCUACUCGCAUGAAUGGAGGAGGAUGCGGAAUGAGGUAUGGGCAAAAGCCAGCUCAGGUGCGAAUUGAAGGGUUUAACUGCCGCCAAAAUUACAGCAUCUCAGCUGUCUCCUAGAACUAAUCUUGAGUUUGCAAUGGCCCCUGAAGACGCUGAAAUGUAGAUUAAAACCACAUCAGGAAAUAGAGAUUUUUGGUCGAGGGGCAAACCGACCUGAAAACUAAACCAAUUUGUUUAUCUCUGUAUAUAGUGUGACAACAAGUCUGAAAAUGAGGGUCUUGUUAUGAGCAUUGUUUUUCUCUAAUGAAUCAAUCAUGCUGUGUGUAUAUUUCUGUGGCAUGAUGGAUUCAGGGAAUGUUAAGAGUCCUGCACAAUAAAGAGACGUAGCCAGAAAGGGGAAAGAAAUCUCUGCCCUUUGGAUUGUUUAGGUAUUUGCCUUAGUCAAUAUGAGUUGUGAACUUUAUAUUUCUGAACUGUCCUCUCACUUGUAAUUGGAAUUUGAAGAGAGGAGAUGAUGGAUGAUCUAUUAUUUAAAGAAUAUAUGUUGCUGGAGUUUCUAUUCA